UCACCACCCCUAUAGCCACCCACUGUCCAUUUCUGGUCCAAGAACUUCCCCGAAAGCGUGUUUCUAAUUUUAUGGAAACCCUUUGAAAUUUGGCACAGUUUUCAAAAGUAUGUAGGGGAAAAAAAAAUCUGCCAGAGGUUUAGCCUCUGACUGUGAAAACAGACACUGCCUUUUCAAACUCCUCUCCUAGAUCACUGACCAACACCCAGAAGAGAGAAUUUACACUCUUUUAGAAUACAGCAGGAAAAUGAAGACCCGGCUAAAAAUCAUAUUUGGCGUGGUUAUAUGCCUUUUGCUUUCCUUAUUACUUAUGUGUAUUAUACUGCUUCCAUCAAGAGUUGUCAACACCAAUGAUGGUCCCAGGGCUCUUACAUUGGAGGAUUAUUUGAAUGGAAACUUCCAAUAUAAAACAUUUUUUCCAUAUUGGGUGUCAGAUAAUGAAUAUCUUCAUCAGUCCGCAGAAGAUGAUAUUAUUCUUUACAAUGUUGAAAUGAACUACCCAACUACCAUCAUGACUAACAGCACAAUGAAACAAGUUAAUGCUUCAAAUUAUGUGUUGUCAGCAGACAAAUAUUUCAUAGCUCUGGAAAGCAAUUAUUCAAAGCUGUGGAGGUACUCUUACACAGCAUCAUACCACAUUUAUGAUCUCAUAUAUGGUGGUUUUGUAACAGAAAAUCAGCUUCCACAUAAAAUUCAGUAUAUAUCCUGGUCACCCGUUGGACACAAAUUGGUAUAUGUAUAUCAGAAUAAUAUCUAUUUGAAACAAAGUCCAAGAGAGGUACCCAUUAAACUAACUAGUGAUGGAAAACAGAAUGAAAUAUUUAAUGGGAUUCCUGAUUGGGUCUAUGAAGAGGAAAUGCUAGCAACAAAAUAUGCACUGUGGUGGUCUCCAAGUGGAAAAUAUUUAGCAUAUGUACAAUUUAAUGAUUCGGACAUACCAGUUAUUGAAUAUUCAUAUUUUGGUGAGGACCAGUACCCUAGAAAAAUAAUUAUCCCAUACCCAAAGGCUGGGGCUAAAAAUCCUACUGUUAAAGUGUUUAUUGUAGACACUGUUAAUGCUGAAGCGUUUGGUCCUAAGGAGGUGCCAGUUCCUGCAGUCAUAGCAUCCAGUGAUCACUAUUUUACUUGGCUUACUUGGGUAACAGAUAGUCGAAUCUGUGUGCAGUGGCUAAAGAGAAUCCAGAAUUUUUCAGUCUUAGCUAUUUGUGACUUCAAAGAAAAUUCAAAUACUUGGGACUGUCCAGAGAACCAACAGCACAUAGAAGAGAGUCAAACAGGAUGGGCAGGCGGAUUCUUUGUUUCUACACCAUAUUUUACAUCAGACAGCAGUUCAUACUACAAAAUUUUUAGUGACAAAAAUGGUUAUAAGCAUAUUCAUUACAUCAAUGACUCUGUGGAGAAUGCAAUCCAAAUUACAAGUGGAGAAUGGGAGGCAAUAUACAUUUUCAGAGUAACAAAUGAUGCAAUUUUCUAUUCAAGCAAUGAAUUUGAAGGCUAUCCAGGAAGAAGGAAUAUUUACAAAAUCAGUAUUGGAAGUACACCUAUCAGAAAACAAUGUAUUACUUGCAAUUUAAGGAAAGAGAGAUGCCAGUAUUAUACAGCAAGGUUCAGCGAACGUUCUAAGUAUUAUGCCUUGAUCUGUUAUGGUCCCGGGAUUCCCAUUUCUACUCUUUUUGAGAACCAUGGUGAUAGAGAGCUCAGAGUAUUGGAAGACAAUUGGGAAUUGCAGUCUGCUUUGCAAGAGAUCAAACUGCCAAAAGAAGAAAUUAAUAAACUUGAAGUGGAUGGUAUAACUUUGUGGUACAAAAUGCUUCUACCCCCACAGUUUGAUAGAUCCAAGAAGUACCCUCUGCUUAUUCAGGUGUACGGAGGACCUUGCAGUCAGAAUGUAAAGGAAACAUUUAGCAUUAGCUGGAUAACCUAUCUUGCAAGCAAAGAGGGAAUUAUUGUUGCUCUAGUGGAUGGCAGAGGGACAGCUUAUCAAGGUGACAAGAUUUUGCAUGCAGUAUAUCGAAGACUAGGAGUCUAUGAAGUUGAGGACCAAAUCUCAGCAGUGAAAAAAUUUAUAGAAAUGGGUUUUAUCGAUGAGAAACGAAUAGCAAUAUGGGGCUGGUCCUAUGGUGGGUAUGUAACUUCUUUGGCACUUGGAUCUGGCAGUGGAGUAUUUAAAUGUGGAAUGGCUGUGGCUCCUGUUUCCAGCUGGGAAUAUUACGCAUCUAUCUACACAGAACGAUUUAUGGGUCUUCCUGUAGAGUCCGAUAAUCUUGAGCACUACAAGAAUUCAACUGUGAUGGCAAGAGCAAAGAAUUUCCAAAACGUAGAGUAUCUUCUCAUCCAUGGAACAGCAGAUGAUAAUGUACAUUUUCAGAACUCAGCACAAAUCGCAAAAGCUCUGGUUAAUGCACAGGUGGAUUUCCAGGCAAUGUGGUAUACUGACCAGAAUCAUGGAAUUCCAGGCCUUUCCAGCAAACAUCUCUACACACAUAUGACCCACUUCCUCAAACAAUGUUUUGCUUUGUCAGAAUAAGUAGGCUAUUCAGAGCAUGCUAAGACAUCUGAUACAUCUCUGGGAGAAUGCAAUGUGCAACAGUGCCCAGGUUAUAUAGUUUUCAGGUGAAUUCAUAACAGGAACUUUGAAAUUUUAAAGUUGAUGUUUACAUCCAUGUUUGAUAUUGUAUAUUAGCAAAUGUUAUGCUAAUACAUGUUUUGGCACAUUUAAUACCUGUUUGAUAGAAAAAAUAAAAUCAGAAUGUAAAAUGC